CAAUGAACUGCCUCAAAGUCGCUGUAGUGCUCAUCUCGGGCCUUAUUUUCUCGGCCUUAGUGUGCUUUUGCGCUAUAGUGGUCAAGAGUGGCGAAGACACUUUGGUUUUAGUCCAUACUUUAUUUAGACAUGGCAAUCGCGUACCAAACUCUAUUCCUUACAAGAACAACCCCAUUUCGGAUGAAAGUUACUAUAUGCCUUAUGGAUUGGGACAGUUAACUAAUGAAGGUAAAAAACUCGAAUACCGUCUAGGAACCACUCUACGAAAAAGAUACGACGAUUUCUUAGGGGAUACCUACAACAUUAACCUUCUGGACGCUAGAACCACAAACUCCAAUAGAACCAAAAUGUCUUUGGAAUUGAUGCUGGCAGGUUUGUGGCCACCGAAAGGCAAUCAGCUUUGGGAACCGACGCUGAAUUGGCAACCGAUACCGUACAAUUAUCUAUCGAACGACAAAGAACUGUCUGGUACUAGUGUCUGCCAGAACUAUAAUGUUUUAUUCGACGAGGUGGAGAAUUCGACUGAAAUCCAAAAAUUACUGUCCAAAUAUAAGGAUCUGUACGAGUAUGUUUCCAAGCAUACUGGGGAAAAUUUCGUCAAUCGAAAUAGCCUUUUUGAUUUGUAUUAUGACUCAUUUGCUCAGCGAGACUUCGGUUACGCUUUGGAAAGCUGGCUAGAAACAAUAAUGCCAAAUUUGGAAAAAGUCACCAAAGACCGGUACUAUAUUGGAACCAAUACGACUGCCUUGACAAAAAUCGCAGGAGGGUUCUUGCUGAGAAAAAUUAUAAACGAUUCUAAAGCAAAAAUUGAACAAACUCUUGUUCCUGAGCAGAGGAAAAUGUUCAUUUAUUCGGCUCAUGAAACAAAUAUGGGUUAUUUUCUACGAACACUUGGUGUAUAUGAAGACAAAAUUCCUGCAUAUGGGUGUCACGUUUUGGUCGAAUUACACAAAAUUAAUGGUAUAUUUGGAUUUAAGGUAUUUUAUCAAGAUUGGACCACUGCUGAACCUAAAUUUUUAACUAUUCCUGGCUGUGCUACUUUCUGUCCCUUUGACGAUUUUGUCGAUCUGCUCUCUGAAGUUAUUCCUACUGAUGAUGAUUGCAUAACAUCCUAA